UGUAAUUUCUCUGCUUUUCCAUCUUUGAAUUUCAACAACAUGGCUGCAGCACUGGUUAAUGUUCUGCUAGCGCGUUUGGCUACGCUCUCCCUUGGCAAGAUCCAACGAGAGCUGAAUAUGGUGGUCGGGGUUAAGCAAGAAGUCAAAAAUCUCACCAAGAAACUCCAAGCUAUUCAAGCUGUGCUGGAGGACGCAGAGCAGAGGCAAGAGAUGGAAGCCAGCGUGAAACUUUGGCUCAAUGAGCUAAAUGAUGUUUCCCACGACAUGGAUGACGUGCUCGAUGAGUGGAUCACUAGAGUUCUGAUGCAUCAAGUGGAGAAAGAAGAAAAACAAGGUACUAAUUCUCUUGUUGCUACUAAGAAGAAGGUAUGCUUCCCCUUUCCUUCCUCUUGCUUUCGCUUCAGCCAGGUCAAUCAAUUAUUUCUUCGUCACGAAAUUGCUUCGAAGAUAAAAGAAUUGAAUGAAACAUUAGCUCAGAUUGAUGAAAACAAACAAAGGUUUAACUUUCAAAACAUCAUUACAAGGGUUCCCGAACUACCUCAACGUCAAAAAACUACUUCUCUUCCCAAUGCUAAAACAUUUGGUCGAGAUAAUGAAAAAAACCUCAUAAUUAGCAAGCUGCUAAGUGAGAGUACUGAAGGACAAGAGGUUCCUCUUGUCAUCCCUAUUGUAGGGAUGGGGGGCAUAGGAAAAACAUCUCUUGUCAACUUAGUCUAUAAUGAUGAAAAGAUCAAAUCUCAUUUUGACGAGAGAAUAUGGGUAUGUGUCUCAGAUCCUUUUGAAGAGAUAAAAAUCGCUAAAGCUAUUGUUGAAGGUCUAGAACAAGAUAAUACCUCAAAUGAGUUGGAAACUUUGAUGAGAAGCAUUAAUCAAUCGAUUGAGGGUAAAAAGUUCCUCCUUGUUUUAGAUGAUGUGUGGAGCCCAAAGUUAAAUCAAUGGGAAGAAUUAAUUAAACCUCUAUGUAACGGUGCUAUGGGUAGUACAGUAUUGGUGACCACUAGAAAAGAGGAAGUUGCUACUUUAAUGAAAGCAACAACUCAAUUGAUCCCUCUGAAGGCGUUGGGUGAAGUAUUUUGUUUGUCAUUGUUCUAUUACUACGCAGACAUUAAUGAGAGUAGUGUGUCUAAACAAUUUUACGACAUUGGGUUAGAGAUUGUUAAAAGGUGCAAUGGGUUGCCUCUAGCUGCAAAGGCGUUAGGAAGCCUCAUGCGCAAUAAGAAAAAGAUUCAUGAAUGGCGAGCUGUUUUAAAUAGCAAGACAUGGGAAUUGGAAGAGAUUCAACAAGAUGUUUUUCGGCCUUUAUUACUAAGUUAUCUUGAUUUGUCUCCAGCAAUCAAACGUUGCCUUUUAUAUUGUGCUACAUUCCCAAAAGAUUUUGAAUUUCAGAAUGAUAUGUUGAUUGAGUUGUGGAUGUCGCAAGAUUAUUUAUAUAUGGGAAGAAGACAAGAAAAGAUAGCAAUAGGUCAAAAUUAUUUUGAUGACUUAGUAAGGCGGUCUUUUUUUCAAAAUGUUCGUUUAUGUGUUGAAGGAGUAAUAGCUUGCCAAAUUCAUGAUAUUGUACAUGACUUUUUGCAAUAUCUAACCAAGAAUGAAUCUUUGAUUUUGGAUUUUGAGUUAGAUGGCAGUGAUAGAAUGAAGGUGCCGAAUGAUAAACUCCGUCAUUUGACUUUAGUUAAUGCAACUGAGAGUGAUUCUUUGGUAUCUUUUUUACUCACUUGUAGAAAUUUGCGUAGCUUCACAAUUAUGGGUCCAUCCAGCUAUAAUUUCAUUACUAUCUCAAUGUUUGAGUUGAUAGAACAGUUGAAAUGUCUUAGGGCAUUAAACUUGUGUAAUUCCGAUAUAAACGAUACUGGUGUUGUAAAAAUUCCCAAAAUUAUUGGUGGAUUGAUACAUUUGAGGUAUCUUGAUUUGUCUGGUAACAGACAGUUGGUGGAAUUAUCAGGCUCCAUAAGUAGCUUAUACAACCUGCAAACCUUGCGACUUGCUUACUGUUAUUCUCUCGAAAAAAUAGAUGUGGGAAGCCUGAUUAACUUGAUGCAUCUUCAUGUUCAAGACUGUGGUAGGCUAAAUUUAAUUAAAGGGAUUGAGAAAUUAACAGAAUUGCAAACGCUAGAUGAAUUUAAUAUUGGAGUUGGUGAUGAACAAAACAAGUUGGAAGAUCUGAAAGACUUGAACCAGCUUCAACAGGAUCUUAGUAUUUGUAUUUGCGGACCGCUAGAUGCAAAUAUGGCGGAGAAAGCAAAUAUACGGAAUAAGGCUCACCUCACACAUUUGGCCCUGACGUACAGACGGUACAGUGAGAAUAAUGAAGGAGAUGAUAGAGAAAUUAUGAAUGCCUUAGAGCCGCAUCCAGAUUUGGAAGGUUUACAAAUCUUUAGUUAUGGAGGCGUCACCUUCUCCCAUUGGUUGUUGUCUUUGCAGAGCUUGACAAGACUCGACCUUUCUUCUUGCAAUAGAUGUGAGUUUUUGCCUCCUUUAGGGAAACUGCCUGCCCUUGAAUCAUUACAUAUUGAAUGCAGUAAGCAAGUGAAAAGGGUAGGAGUUGAGUUACUGGGAAUAGAAACAACAACUAGGCAAACCUCGUCGACAUUCAACUCAUUCCAGAAGCUGAAACAACUUUCCUUCUUCAGCAUGACGUUAUGGGAAGAGUGGCAAGGAGUGGACGGCUGGAGUAGGGAAGAGGAGAAUUCUGAGACUAAUAAUAUUACAAUCAUGCCAUGCCUCUCUAAGUUGAGAAUUACUUGCUGCAAGAAGCUAAAAGCACUGCCGGACUUCCUGUGGAAGACACCACUUCAGGAAUUGCACAUCAAACAAUCUCCAAUUCUCGAAAACCUUUACAGAGAAGGAACGGGUGAACAGUGGGCCAAGAUUUCUCACAUCUCAAGCAUCAAGAUAACAGCAAUCUAAACUGGAUGAUGCAUGUCUAGAUGAGUGAAAAGAUUCCAGACUUCAGCUUCACUUGAAACAAGCACAUUUUUAAGAGGAAAGUCCUUGUCUCAUGGUGCAUCAUAUUUCAACCUGCUAAUACUGGAAGGCAGAAGGAACACAUCAAUUGAGCAUAAAGGCAUUGUCUUAUAUAUCAGUGAUUAGUUGAGCAUGAUUCGACAGUGUUAUAGCAUAGACUAAACCUAGAGGAGUACUGAAGAGGUCAAAGACUUGAAGAUCUUACCAGUAGGUCAUAAAUGUGCUUCUGCAAAUGCUCAACUCCCUAUCAAUUUUAGCCGUCUUUACUUAUUUGGCUUGAUUUUUUCAAGUUACAGCAGAUGAUGAUUCAUGGCCAUGUGAAUAGCUAAAGGGAUUGCUGGACUUCCAAGAUCAGAUGAUCUUCACCCCUAAGGUGAUCAUGACUGUCAGGAGCUUAAAGGUCACAAAACAGAACCAGUUAAAGACAUGUUCUUAAAGCAUUGAAAGAAGGCAUGAGGCCAUGAGGGUACUGAAGGCUGCCGGUUUGAAGACCUUCCAGACAGUGUAAGCACCCUUCUACGUAGGAAUUGGGAGGUUAGGCUUCAAAGUUCUGCUGGCUACACUCCCCAAGACAAGAUGGCCCUCAGAAAAUUGCACAAACAUAUAUGUACAGCUCACACUUAGAAUGGCGCGCCUUGGGAGUUGUAAAGCUAAAGGGAUGCUAAUAUGGUUGGACAAGCUGUGGCAAAGCAUUUACAUUUGAUGCACCAAUCAUACCUACAUUUGACAAGCUGUGGUCCGGGGUGGCCAUGACACCUGCUUCAUUCACUUUUGUUUUCAGCCACUCGUCAUAAGGAGAUUAAUUUCUUUUUUGCAGAGGAUUGGGCAAGUACUCAUGCAUCCAAUGAUUGGAAACCCAGCCCAGGGGCCGAAUAUUCCAUGCAAAGACCAUAUGACAUAAAAUGAGUGAAGAGCUGUUGAAUAGCUGGUUGUCUAAGUUAGAUACAGUACCUGCCACAGAAUGAGCGAUUUUUCUUCCAAUAAUGAAGGAGAAUGUCAACCAACGGUAUUACAACAUCAUACAAUUACAAACUUCUUUGGUGUCACUCAUUUGACUGAUGGAUGGAGGCUGUCUUACCUAGGUUACUUUUAACCAUUUGGUUAAUCCGAUGUAUUAAGCAGGAUGGCUCUUAAUUAGCCAAGCAGCUGAGGCACCUGUUCGAUAGUGUCUGGACUUUAUUAGGAAGCUAUGCAUGGUUGUGAGGUGGAGGAUGGGAAAAAUGAUCUGCCAAUAUUUGAUUGUAAUCCUAGCUCGAUCAACUUCAGAAAAGAGAGGACAAGCACUACAUCGUCCUUCAUCAUCUUCCUUCUAGUUUGUCCGCCAAACAAAGACAGCACGAGCUGAAAUGAGUGAAGAACUGUGAGUCAGCUUGUUGUCGAAGAAACAUACAUUAACUGCAACAGAAACAGUAACCGUUCCAGGAAUGAAGGGAGGAACCUCACAUCUCCAAGAUGCCCCUCAAGACGAUGCACAGCUGGGAAAUUCCUUUGCAUUUCAGAUUUUUCAUCAAUGGUUUAGAUCAAAAUCUUGAUUCCUUUCAGGAAUUGGUACAUGGAGAUAUGACGAACCUUAGUAUAGAAAUUUCAAGACAGUUCCAUCUGCUAGAGAUGAAAAUUCAUAGGUGAUGAUUAUAAUUCUGGAAAACCAGGCAAAGCUGAUGAAAAAACUUAAAUCUUUCCGGAAAGAAGACCAGCAGCUCCAGCAUUAUUGUUAAUGAGUUUUUCUGGAUUGGGAUCUGAGUGUUGUUUAUUUUUUACAAGAACUUUGGUUACCAUUUGCCAUCUUUUGUUUCUUUUCUCUACUUCAGUUUGGGUGUGUGGUACUUUUUUCUCCUUUGUCCAGGAUUUUUGUCCCACUGGGUUUUAACCGGACAAGGUUUUAACGAGGCCACUCAUUAGCACUCAUUUACACGUGGAAUUGUUUUUUCAAGUGUUAAUUAAUGAAUCCACUUUAAUCAAAUACGAAGAACUGUCUU